CGGUGAUCCAUUGAUUGUCCUAAUAUUUUAAUUUUAAUUGUGCGUUUAUUACUACACAUCGAUUAGACGACUCUGUGCCCUCACUCUCCGCUCCACGAACACCCAAUCUGUAAUCUGUGUCUUUGCUUUCCCUUUUCGGGACGAUCAAAUCGGCCUAUAUUUCCUCCCAGGAAACCCCAUCCGCCCUAAACGUCGGGCAGCAACAGCGAUCAACCAUGACGCUUGGCUCAGCAGGAUCGAGUGUCGUGGUACCUCGCAAUUUUAGAUUGCUGGAGGAACUUGAGCGUGGAGAAAAAGGUAUUGGAGAUGGGACAGUGAGUUAUGGUAUGGAUGAUGGAGAUGAUAUCUACAUGCGUUCCUGGACAGGCACUAUUAUUGGUCCCCAUAAUUCUGUACAUGAAGGGCGUAUAUACCAGUUGAAAUUGUUCUGUGACAAAGAUUACCCAGAGAAGCCUCCCAGUGUUCGUUUCCAUUCACGAAUCAACAUGACUUGCGUGAAUCAUGAAACAGGAGUGGUUGAUGCAAAGAAGUUUAAUCUUCUCAUGAAUUGGCAGAGAAACUAUACCAUGGAAGACAUACUGACACAGCUGAAGAAGGAGAUGGCAGCUCAGUAUAACCGCAAACUGGUCCAGCCACCGGAGGGCACAUAUUUCUAGUAUAGCCUACUAAGUCAUACGACUGUGUGUGUGGAUCUGUAAUUCUGUGUCAUAUGGGCAACAUUGAAGUUUCUAUGGGGAGGCAAAUGCCCUGGUACUUUGCUUAUCAUGGCUACUUGACUCGCACACCCUCCACCCCCUUCUAGUUUCUCUCAACAAAUUUACAGGAUGCUCAUUGCUGUACUGUUUGGUUAAUUGGAAAUUUCUGUGUGCUGAACAAGAUCUACAUUGAAUGAGUCAUUUUAUUAUCAUUUCUUAGUUUUUCAUGUCUUUCCUUCCCUCUUUCAUGGGGCACUAGAGAUCAAUGGCACAAAUGAGUAAAUGACUAGUCCCUCA